GAAUUGGUUUCCCAACUGGUUGUUCACUGAACAAUUGUGCAGCUCAUUAUACACCCAACGCUGGCGACAAAACGGUUCUUGAAUAUGAUGAUGUAUGUAAAAUUGAUUUUGGAACACACGUCAAUGGUCGCAUCGUUGAUUGUGCAUUCACACUUACUUUUAACCCUGUUUAUGACCGUCUCAAAGAAGCUGUUAAAGAUGCCACUAAUACUGGUGUUCGGGAAGCAGGUAUCGAUGUGAGAUUAAGUGAUAUCGGUGCCGCUAUUCAAGAAGUUAUGGAGAGUUACGAGGUCGAAAUUAAUCAAAAAACAUAUCAAGUGAAACCGAUUCGAAAUUUGAACGGACACUCGAUACUUCCAUACCAAAUUCACGCCGGUAAAUCUGUACCGAUCGUCAAAGGCAGCGCAACAGCAACAAAAAUGGAGGAGGGUGAAUAUUUUGCUAUUGAAACCUUUGGAAGCACGGGGAAGGGUUAUGUUCGUGAAGAUGGUGAAUGUAGUCAUUAUGCAAAACGUCAAGAUGCUCAAGCUACAUUACGUGUAAAGAAAGCCCAAUCUCUUUUAAACAAUAUUACUAAGCAUUUUGGCACCUUGCCAUUUUGCCGUCGAUAUCUCGACCGUAUAGGAGAAACUAAAUAUGCACUAGCAUUAAAGCAUUUAGUUGAUACUGGUGUAGUGGAAUCUUAUCCUCCAUUAGUUGACGUAAAAGGUUCAUACACGGCACAAUUUGAGCACACUUUAAUUCUAAGGCCGACCUGCAAAGAAGUUGUUAGUAGAGGUGAUGAUUUUUAA